AUGGCUGAAUUUUGUAAAAAUAUCAAGUUACAGUUAAAUCAGUCGCGUCUGAUUCAAGACUUCAUCAAUGUAAAUGGCUCAUCUUUGGCGGAGGUUUGUCGUGCAAUAGAAACCGAGGAUAAGUACAGCGAACCCAUGGUGGUAAUUGGUUACUACAUCACGGUAGCAUCGAUUAUUUGUCUAUAUGCCAUUAUGCUGGAUCUGUCAUAUGAUUUGAGAUAUAAUAAGUUUUGGUUUCCAAGUAAAUAUUUUUCACUCAACGCCGCUUCAAUCACUAUAAUAGCCGUGGCUAUAAAACUACCUAUGGAUUUGAGCACGCCAAUGCCAGGUGUGGAGGACCAAGUUGCAAAGCUCGGAGGCUUGGGAUUUAUGUGCGUAAUGAUGUGUAACUUCAUGCCUUCUUUGGCGUCGAUGGACAACAAGUCACUUUUUGCAAAUGUCACAGGUAUAUCCAUUCUUGUUAUCACCUUGAUUGUGAAUGUUGCCAUUCAGAUUAAGACUCAAGUUAUUUUUAACGAGCAUCCAUUCAUGACAAUCGCUUGCAUCUAUAUGGGUAUGUUACUCUUCUUGCUAAUAAUUUUGAUCUCCUCUGCUAUAACCAUUCCAACCUCAAAAAAAGUUUUAGAACUCAAGUAUCAAGGCAUCAUGAAUGAUCAAAAUCCACAAGAAAACCUAUUGUUUACUACUAGUCUUGAGAAUCUAAAACAACAUAUGAGGAAAUAUUGGAUCAUGGCAAAAACCGGUAGCCCUCAAUUUGUGGUAGCUAGCACUCCAUUGUCAUCUGCAUCUGGCAUAAUUUGUGCAGUUAGUUUGGUCAUGCACAUAUCUUUGCUAUGGCAGUUAUGGCCUACUCGGUCAAGUCGUAAAAAGACCAAUCCUGUGUAUAAGCAGUCAACAUCUCAAAUUUCCAUGAUCCAAAUUGUUGGAGUUGUAAUGGGUUCAAUUGCCCCAAUAAGUAGAUGUUUUACUGUCUUGAGUUUCAAUUCGUUUGCUAAUCGAAAUAGGAAAAUAUUUUCGGUGUUUAAAGUGGAGAACCAUUGGACUCAAAAGGUGUGUGAGUGGAAAGAAAAUCCUCUAAGCUUCUUCUCAAUUGAGAUGGAUCAUCUUCAUAAUCUAAAAAACCACAUUUUAAUAACUUGCAUUGGAUUUCAGAAGGUAAUUGUAGUGUCAUGCAAAAUAAUCGAGCUCAUUCCAGUUGCGGUUAUUAUUUUUGUCAUAAAUUGUUUCAAGUCACUGAAAGCAAUGUUGUUUACUCCACCCACUGCCUCAGGCAGUGAUCAUGACACAAACGACGACCUUAGCAAUUAUGUUUUGUUACUCGAAGAUGAUGUACCGCUAACUAAAUAUCCAGUGAAAAGAAUUUUAGCUUCUUUGAAUCGUUUGAUUGAGAAGGCUGAGAAGAAACAACAUAACAAUCUUCUAAAGCUUCUUGAAAGAUCAGUUUCUUUCGAAGGAGUAACGACAUUUGACAUAGAUCAAAUUCAAUCUAUACUUCCUGUUGAAUCUUUUAAUACCUGGAGCUUACCAAUAAUAAGCUUAGCCUGCAUCGCCUUUAUCAUCCCGAAUAUUGACAAGGACGCAGUCAACAACUUGCUUGAUAGUGUUCAUGAAGGUCUUUUCUUAACUCAUGUAGUUGAGGAAGGCUUAAAUAAAGCAUCUGAGUAUGUAAAUAUUCAAAGGGCAACUGUGACAUUGUGGUAUGAGGUUAAAAACAAAUGCAAGUGGUUGGAGACCACUUUAAAAAGAAGUGCUUAUGUAGGAAAAACAGCAACAGAGAUUAUUCAACUGUUUACUCAUAAAGCAGAAGAAGUUUUAAACGAAUUUAACACAAGUAGCAAUGGAGAACCGACGGAAAAAGAGAAGUUUCCUUCAAAGGUAAUCGCUGCCAACUCAAUGUAUCGAAUUACACAAGCAAUCGUGCAUACGUAUGAGAGCAACAACUUGGAGAUUAUUGAAGCUGAGUUGUUUACGCGACUAUCUAAUAUGAUUGCGGACAUAUUGGCUGCUUGCCUCACCAACAUACCAAGAGUUGUAAUCAUGAAAUGCCAUGAAAGUGCAAUAGAAAGACGAGAGGAUAGUGUUAUGGAUGCAGUUAAUCUUCUUGGACGGACCUCUGAGAUUAUAAAAAGACUUGAAACGCGUGUACCAAACAUGGAUCAAGACAAGAUGGCAUUUAUCGACGAGUGGCGUCUUCAUUUGAGGCAACCUUAG